GCCCCAACUCACAGGGUAACAGGAGUUCUUGUUCAAGAGCAGAGAGAACUGCCGGGUGAUGCCUUCAGGACCAGGUCCCCCUACUAUUGUCAAACUUAAGGAAUGAUGUCAGCCCACUCUCUUCCCCCAGCAACACCUCCAUCUCAGAAGCCUCCUCGGGUCAUUCGACCCCAACCUCCUUCCAGACUCCGUAUUAAUUCACCUCCAGGGUCACUCUUCAAUGGGCCCUCUCACCAGGAAGCAGCCAAACCCCCUACUUCUCCUGAUCCGUUAGUCUUAACCUCACUGUCCCCCCUAUGUGACUCUCUCCCCACCUCUACCAAGUCUCUAAUUUUUCCAUCUACACCAUCCCCCAAAUCUAGCUCCUUUUCUUUGACUCUACCAGACUCUUCAUCCAGUCCCCCAAGUCCCCACAUCCUGGGCCCUGGCCUCCCCAAGCUCCUCCCCCCAUUCCCAGCUCCUCGGACCAACAGCUCCCCUGAACCCAUCAGCCCCUCUCAGUCUUCAUCUCCCAAAUUCGGAUCCUUGCCCCAUCACCCCUCAGCAUCUGGCACUGUCCGAAGACUAGCUGGGAAGUUUGAGCCAGGGUCCACAGUAGGGGACCAAGUUGGGGAAGCUCCAUUUCCUGAUCCCCAGGGUGGAGUUGAUGAGAAUGGAGAGAGAAAAGACUGUCAUGAUCCUGUGGCAAGGAGUGGACCCCAGGAAAAUGGAUGUCUGGAUACUCCCUUGUCCUGCCCACCAUGUUGCCCCUGUCUCUGUCAUUUGGCACAUCCUAGCCUGGAACUUAAAUGGGUCUCUGUGGGAGACAGUGAGGAAGCCCCCCGUGCGCCUCCUCGUUGCCCUUCUCGUUCUCUCUCCAGUCCCACUAGCAACAAGAGCACCUCCGUUGUUCUUACAUCAUACCGAUCCAUGGUGGAGCACAAAGUCCUCCCACCCCUUAAACCUCCCAAACCAGCUUGGGCCAGGAAAGAGGUCACCUGCCCUGAGCAUACUCCACAGACAAAUUCCACUGUGCUCCCUAAAGAUGGAACUCAUCCAGGAGAGAGUCUGGAAGAAUGUCCGAAGACCCUGGUGGAAAGAGAUCAAGAGCUACAGGCUCUGAAUGAACAGGAUUGGGGCCUGCCUCUGCAGGAUGAGCCCCUGUACCAGACAGCUGUGCUGGCUGAAGAGCUGUGGGGGGUUGGCAAGGACGGGAAGCUUCUCCCAACAAACCUUGGAGAACCCUCAGAACCUCGAAAUACACUUUGGCAGGAGCUUCCUACAGUACGGGAGAGUGGCCUCUUAAAGACUCUCAGCCCUGAGGAGAGGCGUAUGCAAGAGAGUUUAUUUGAGGUGGUAACAUCAGAGGCCUCCUACCUUCGAUCACUUCAACUACUGAUGGACACCUUUGUGCUAAGUGCUUCACUCCGAGAUACACUGACACCCCGAGACCACCAUACUCUGUUCUCUAAUGUGCAUCGUGUGCAGAGUGUCAGUGAGCGGUUUCUGGGAGUGCUACUAUCCCGAGUAAGGAGCUCCCCUCAUAUCAGUGACUUGUGUGAUGUGGUGCAUGCCCAUGCUGAAGGCCCCUUCUCAGUGUAUGUGGAUUAUGUGAGGAAUCAGCAGUAUCAGGAGGAGACAUACAGACGCUUGAUGGAGACAAACAUGCGUUUCUCAGCAGAACUGCAUCGGCUGCAGAGCCUGCCCCAGUGCCAGAAGCUCCCACUGCCUUCCUUCCUGCUGCUUCCCUUUCAGCGCAUCACCCGACUUCGAAUGCUGCUGCAGAAUAUCUUUCGCCAGACUGAAGAGGGCUCCAGCCGACGGGAGAAUGCCCAGAGAGCACUGGGGGCCAUCAGCAAGAUUAUUGAACGAUGCAGUGCUGAAGUUGGGCGCAUGAAGCAGACAGAGGAGCUGAUCCGGCUCAGCCAGAGGUUGCGUUUCCACAAAGUCAAGGCUCUACCUCUGGUCUCCUGGUCCCGGCGUCUAGAACUGCAAGGAGAGCUGAUGGAGUUGGGGAGCAAGAAGGGCAGGUCCCUCUUCAAUUCCCGCCCCCGACUUACUCCCCUCUGUCUUCUGCUCUUCAGUGACCUCCUGCUCAUCACUCAGCCUAAAAGUGGGCAAAGGCUACAUGUUCUCGAUUAUGCCCAUCGUUCCCUAGUCCAAGCCCAGCCAGUUCCAGACCCUUCUGGCCCUCCGACUUUUCGUCUCUCACUACUCAGCAACCACCAGGGCUGUCCUACUCAUCGACUACUCCAAACCUCUUCUCUGUCUGACAUGCAGCGCUGGCUGGGGGCCUUCCCCAUUCCUGGACCCCCUCCUUGCUCUCCAGACACCAUCUAUGAAGAGUGGGAUUGCCCCCAAGCCUUGAGUGCAGAUUCCCAUGUAAUUGCCAAGACAAAGGAUCUCAGCCUGGAGCCUGGGGACCUUGUCAACAAGCUGCACAAAGGUCCAGAGGCCUGGCUGAAGAGUAUCCAUGGGGCGUACGCUGCUCAAUUGGCGAGUGAGGUAACAGGUGAGCACAUCCGACGGAAAAACCUGCGACAGCAGAAGCAGUUACUACAAGAGACCGGGAAUGUACAGACAACGCCCCCACUCUCCAAGGGCUCGCAGCAGCCUCCCGCACUUACGUAGAUCCUUUGCAGACCCCUAAAUCCCCGGACAGCUAGUUGAGGAUUGGCAUUCUUUUGAGCAGUCAAUAAAGACAGAGUCGUCUUAGGCUCCCACCAAUAAAAAUGACGUUUCCCUGAAGUGGCAACCAAUGGGAGACGGAGGCCCAACAUGGGAGCCAAUGAGGAUAGACAGAGCUGUAGCCUCUUCUUUCUUACAAAGAUUGGAGAACAAAGUCUCAGCGCUCGCUGCUCGUGAAGACUUUGCUGGCCAAGAGGACGUUUUCCUACAGGACUAAACAGCCAAUAGGGGAUAAAGGAGCUAAUUAUGUAACCAGCCAA